CAUUAUUCCCCUAUUUAGUCUGUCAUUUCUGUGACUUCACCAGCUGCACUAAUUGGUCUCUGGGCACCAGGAUGCUUCAUCAGGUUUUCAUGCCCUAGUUUCUCAAGUGACGAGUGACAGUGAUGCACAAACUCAUUCUCACUCAUGUUGAUGUGACGCAGGAGCGCGUGCGCUGAUGGAGGUCCUCAUCUGACGGAGAAGCUGGGCUGUUAAAGAAAUGCAGCAGUCAGUCAGUCAGUCAGGCCUUUAUUGUGAAGGGCAGGAACAGACGUGGUGCAGGAGACUAUAAAGCAGCUGAGGCUCGUCUCUGCAGGGACAGUGGAGCUGUGGCCGUCCUCCUUUAAAGGUCGCUGUCGGCAAGAAGAGACCGAACACCUGAAGAGAUUUUCUCUGCAAAGACGGUCCCGCGCUCCCCGGAGCCUGCAGCAGAGCAGCUUUCACCUCCAGCGGACCACUGGUCCAGUCUGAGGAUGGAGAAGUACGAGAAGAUCGGAAAAAUCGGGGAGGGCUCCUACGGCGUCGUCUUCAAGUGCAGGAACAGAGACACGGGGCAGAUUGUGGCCAUCAAGAAGUUUGUGGAGUCGGAGGACGAUCCCAUCAUCAAGAAGAUCGCACUGAGGGAGAUCAGGAUGCUCAAGCAGCUGAAACACGCCAACCUGGUGAAUCUCAUGGAGGUGUUCCGACGGAAGCGGAAGCUUCACCUGGUGUUCGAGUACUGCGACCACACCGUCCUCCACGAGCUGGACCGUCAUCCCAGAGGAGUCCCGGAGCACCUUGUGAGGAGCAUAACCUGGCAGACGCUGCAGGCCGUCAACUUCUGCCACAAACAAAACUGCAUUCACCGUGAUGUCAAGCCGGAGAACAUUCUCAUCACCAAACACCAAGUCAUCAAACUCUGUGACUUUGGCUUCGCCAGGAUCCUCACUGGUCCCUGCGACUACUACACAGACUACGUAGCCACUCGCUGGUAUCGGGCCCCCGAGCUGCUGGUGGGCGACACUCAGUACGGCCCCCCGGUGGACGUGUGGGCCAUCGGCUGCGUGUUCGCAGAGCUCCUGUCGGGAAUUCCUCUGUGGCCCGGAAAGUCCGACAUGGACCAGCUGUACCUAAUCCGAAAAACUCUGGGAGAUCUGAUUCCUCGUCAUCAGCACGUCUUCAGCAACAAUCAGUUCUUCAGUGGAGUUUCCAUCCCGGAGCCGCAAGAGAUGGAACCUUUGGAGCAGAAAUAUCCAAACUGUUCACAUCUAGCUCUGAGUCUCAUGAAGGGCUGUCUGAGGAUGGACCCGUCUGAGCGGCUGAGCUGCGAGCAGCUCCUCCAGCAUCCGUACCUGGACAGCCUGCGAGAAAAGAGCGAGAGGACGUCCCGAGAGCAGGAUCGCUCCGGCACCAAGAGGACGCGGCUACCUCGCAAGCCCCUCCCUCCAGGGUAUUUGCCACAGCUGACAGGCAGCAGCAUCUUUCCAGCGCUGGAGAACAAGAAGUGCUACAACAACCUGCGCAGGUUCAACUAUCACCUACCGAACAUUUAGCCUGAACACCUACAGCUGUCAAGGUUUUCUGAAGCAUCUCAGGACCCGGAGUGGUGUUUCGGUUUUCAAAGCAUGAGGAGGAUUCCCACUGUGAAAUGCUCCACGUGUUGAGCCUGUUGAUACUGACUGUCUCGGUCUAUGCACUAUUUCCCAACAUGCCUACAUUUCAAGCUCCUUUUGUUGUAUUUCUUAUGGUUGUGUAAAGACAAGGAGCGACGUGCUGCUCUGCUCAUAUUCCAGUAGACUAAAGGUAAACUAUGACUCAUGCCUUGCCUGGUUUGCCAAAUAUAUUUUUUGAUACCAUGAGGGACUCUGUAUGAGUGACACGUGUUGUUAGACUGUUUUAUGUCUCAGAUGAGUUAAAAUGUAGGAGGCCUUAAUGUAUAAAGUCAAAAGCAUUUCCGAAAUUAAUAUUUAUUGACAUCAGGGGUGAAUACAGUUUGACAUAUAGGUUUGACCCAUUGUCACUCACAUUUAGCAGUAACUAGAUCACAUUGUACUUAUUGUCUCUGGGCCUCUGGUGCUAAGGAUGUUUUCAGCCAUCUGUCUGUCUGUCCUCAGAUAUUGUACAAAUGCCAAAUUAAUCCGAACAGAAAUUAUUUAAACAACUUUAAUUGUGGAAAUAAUCAGAGCUUUCACACAUUGUUUCUCUCUGUGUCCACAUGUGGGGUAACUUUAAUAUGUUGAAUGUUGCGAAUAAAAUAUACAUCACUCUA